AUGUCAACAAAUAGACGAUUUUACAUAGGUAAGUGGAGGCAACUGUCCGUAAACUGGAACUAAAUACAUUGGCAUAACAGAGCCUGUUCAGCUUGGAACGAGGUUGUUUGUUGUGACAAGCGUUCACGUGGUUUGUUCUCAGCUCCCACCCGUCUUGCUUUUAAACGGCUUUUUUAUGUUUGUGAAGUCGUAUUCAUGAUUUUCGCGCAAUUAUGUGGCUACGAAAUCUCCUUCGAAUUAUUUUGCUUUGUUGCCGUGUUUGUCACAGUUUCGAAAUUAAUUGAGACAGAUAAGCCUAAAAAUCACUCCAUGAAUUUAAAACAGCUGCAAGCACUCUAAGAUGCCACAGAAAGCGUUUUCAACGGCAUGAAAAGUCCAUAGGUUUAUUAAAACAACACAGAGAGGAUUUCAAUCUUGGCCCCUAGCAUGUUAAUUUCUCUUUAGCUCGCAGUGAAACAUGAAACUGCAUACAACACUCCAUAUAUGUGCAAACGCCUCUUUACGUGCGUUCAUGCACAACACUUCAAUACGUGAUGUUCACGUUACUUGAAGAUUAAGUUGACUUCUUACCUCACAAAAAGGCAAUGGCUUCAGCAUUCCACAUCACAACAUUAAUGUUUUCACCCUGAAGUCAGAUUUAAAAUGGAUUUAACAAACUCACAUCCAGUGUUAACACAUGCCUAUAAGCUAAUUUCUCAUUCCAUUCCAUUUCAAGAAUUUUAAUUUGAAAAUAGCAUGCCUUUGAAUCAAAUCAGCAGACAGGUACACAAAAUAUUUUCAAAAUACCCUUGGUAUUCUAAUUGAGCUUUGCAUUGCAACUGUCUGUUAUUGUCUUUUCCUUGUCAUUUCCUUGUCAUUUCCUUGUCAUUUCCUUGUCAUUUCCUUGUCAUUUCCUUGUCAUUUCCUUGUCAUUUCCUUGUCAUUUCCUUGUCAUUAUCCAUACUUUGUUUAAUUUGUAGGCAAUCUCUCUUUGAAAGUGACUAAAGAUGACCUCCGCCGUCACUUUGGUUUAGACAGCACACCUUACUUGAGAUCAAAUUCAUGGAUUGAAUUAUCUGUGGAACGUCCAGGAAUGUCUCAUGGGUUUGGAUUCAUUAAUGUACCAGAGCAACUGGCAAGUAAGUUUUGAGUGUAAUAGUGAGAAGUUAAGUCUGUUCACAAGCCAAGUGGUAAAAUGGUACUUAAUACAGUACACAGAACUUGAACUGUGCCAUCACCUUGCUUGCAAACUUGAUAAAACUUUGAGGCUUUAUUGUAUUCCAGGUCACUUACUUCAGCUGAAUGGAACAAAACUUUAUGACAGAUUCAUCAAAGUUGAACCAGCUAAUACUCAAAUGGGAGGUCGCAGGAGCAAAGUCUCUAUUCCUUCAAUGUUUCCAUCCUCAUAUGUAAUGCCAAUUCCACAACUGGCUAACUAUCCCUAUGGAAUGAACCAGUAUAGUAAUAACAUGAAGGGUCGACGGAACAGGCGACUUCCUCAAGGGCCAAAUGAAAUAGUGACUGUUCCAGAAGAUAAAAUUUUACAGCUUAUUGAUGUUGGUGUCAAUCUGCCAAACAAGGCGUAAGUCAAACUAACUAACUUUGUUAUAUGGCCAGGCAGUCCUGAGGUAAAUCACAAGUGUUCAGUUUUCAGACCAAAGAUGAACUUUUUCAAAUCAUUUGACAUUCUCUGCCAGAAAAAAAUUAAAACACAGAAAAUCACUUAGUAACAAAAUAAUAACUUCUUUGUUGGAGUAGUUUUCAUUCUAUUUUUUAAGGAUGUAAAGUUUUAUGUAAGCUAUGUUUUAAAAUCAACGUGACUGUUAUUUUGCAUUUCACUGCAGAUUUUCAAGAGAUAUACGAAAUGUCAUAGAACAAGCGGAUUUAGUGGGAAUAAAAAAAAUGAUUUUAACAGGGAACACUUUACAGAUGAGUCAGUCAGCUGUUCUUCAUGCUAAGGCACAUCCUCAUGUCUUGUAUGCAUCUGUUGGUGUACACCCUCAUUUCACAACAAAAGAAUGGAAUGAAAAAACAGCCAGGAGAUUGAAGAAUUGGCAAAAAGACCCGGUAGUUGUUGCUAUUGGUGAGGUUGGUUUGGACUUCCACAGAAAUUAUUCAGAUGAAAAGGCCCAAGUUGAAGCAUUUACAAAACAGGUAAGCCCUUGGGUAUUUAGUUCAUUGAAAUCGUGGACAAAACCAGCAAUAACGAUUUCUUUUUGAUAACACAACAGGUUGAAAUUGCUUGUGAGGUUCAGAAACCUCUCUUAGCACAUGAGCGGGCAUCGCACCAGAAGUUUAUUGAGGUGUUGAGUCACUUCAGUGGCAGGUUGCCUUCAAUUGUGAUUCACUGUUUCACUGGUAGUGUCUCUGAAAUGAGUGCCUAUGUUGCCAUGGGAUUUUACAUUGGAAUUUGUGGCUUUAUUUGCAAAGGUUAGUUGAACUGAGUUUCUUUUGAGGGCACUGACUAGUUUAUCCAAAAGUCUAUACCUGAACUGAGUGGCCCACAAGGGAGCUUAUCUUAGUCUCCAUGAAAUGAAGCAACCAGCAGUUUUGUUACUCCCUUUGGGCGAAGGCUUUUUCAAGCAUCUAUUUACAUUAUUGCAUAGAGAGAGGUGCUGUGAGAGUGAUGUGUCUUACCCAAGAACUCAGCAAAAUGACCUGGCUCAGCUAAGAACCCAAACCCUUAGACCUGGAAUUAACCAUUAGGCCACCAUGCCUCCUUCCAGUAAAUCCUUACUUGUGAGUUAACCCUUGUGAAUUUGAUUAUCUGAUACUUCAAAUUCCCUCACCUUCUUGAAAAAAAAAAAAAAAAAAAACUUAUAUAUUUUUGUUUCUUAUAGGGUCAUUUUCUUCAAUACUUUAACUUCUUUAAAUUUUUGCGAUAUGAUGACAUCAUUAGUUGUCUUAUCCUGAGAAUAUAACAUUAUAUACUUGCAAUAAUCCCUUGGUGAUGAUUUUCUUUUUGCUUUUGGCUAAAAACAGUGGAAAAAAAGUAAACAAAGAUCUUUAGUUUACCCACCCAAAAAGGAAUAACUAAAAACUUUUUCCAUGGUUGCAGAUAGUCCAGGCAAAGCAUUAAGAGAUGCUCUUAAAGAAGGUGUUUUACCACUAGACAGGAUUCUUCUUGAAAGUGAUGCUCCUUAUAUGAUUCCAAAUGCUCCUGAGAAGGAGUUGGACGAUGUAUGCAAAUCACUUCUUAAAAGGUGUCAGCCAGGACGGAAUGAGCCUUGUACUCUUCCUAUUGUGGCCCACACUGUUGCAAAAUGUCUUGGGGUUGAUGCUGAAGAGGUAGCACGAGCAUCGACUGAAAAUGCAAGGCGGGUUUUUGACCUGAAGUUACCUGUUCCUACCACACAACCUGCACCCACUGCCAUUGGGUCUGAAUAAAUGCUGCAUUGUACAAAGACAAUAAAAACUACUGCACAUAGUCUAAGUAUAUAACAUGUAUCUAUCUCUUUCAGAAUGAACAUUAUGAUACAUGUAGUCAUGCUUAGGCAGUUGGUUAUUAUCUAUGCAGGAAGGAUUGGUAGUAAAGGCUCUUUCCUUCUUAAUUAAAGCAGAAUUAAGUCAUUAUUCAUGCUAAACCUGCUGCCAGACCUUCAGAGAAGUUUUCACUGGUGGUACCUGCUUUACAAUUCCCCCAACUUAAUAUUUUUUUUGUCUUAAAAAUGCCAUUUGUUGUCUAAAAAAUCCAAUCAGACAUGGAAGUGGAAAGGAAGUAUUUGAAAGAUUAGUAAUCUGUUACUUUACUAGGUCAUUUUUGACAGAGUAAAGUGAAAAUGCAAGACGAAGUCAGGAGUUAUGCUGACUGAUUAUUGUGCAAUAGAAUUAACCCUUUAACUCCCUGAUUAAAUUUGUAAUUCUCCUUACUGUCAACCAUACAAUUUUUAUGUUCAGAGAAUUUAGUAUUGGAUCAACCAAUUAUCCAUAAAGUUAUAUUUUUCUUUAUUCUCAUCACUUAUCUGAUUGAUAUUGUAAUGAUAAUUUAAGGAGAAAUUCUGUCUUGAUCACUCAUGGGAGUCACAGGGUUAAUGCAGUGUCUCAAUGAUUAUUGCAACAUGUUUUAAAUUUAUCCUCAUUUAUAGCCAAGCUAAGGAAUAUUUUGACCCAUUAAUAGGUUAAGUAUAAACAGUUCUAAUUUUGACAGAGUUAAAAAGUGCAAUUGAAGAGUAUAUUCGAAAGUUAACUGAAAACUAUAGAUAACAAUGUUUCAAAGAUGUUUAAUAUAAUGUUUUGUUUAUUUACAAAAGUUAAAAAGUUGAAAAGAAAGAAAAAGCACCAUCUACAGAAUGCAGUUAACCAUCUUUUCAGUCUUGUAAAGCUAGAAUACUUCUUAAGGUGUCAGGAUUUUGCUUUUUUCUACAGACAGUUGUGUUUGCUAAUGUACUGUGUAUUCCAUCCAAGCAGAUA